AUGUCUCAGAAAUCCAACUCUGUGGGUAGAAUUACAUGUUAUAUAUAAUAAUAAAACCAACACCUUUCAUGCCAUUUACGACUUAUAUUAAAUGUUGAAUUGUGAUUACUUAAUAGUUAUUUUAAAUUACAAAUUACUUUGAAGAGGUGUGAGAGUUGGGUGUUCCAUAAUCCACUGUAUAUACCAGUCCAUCUUAUUAUUUUCAAAAUGUUGGCAAUGUUACUCUUUUUUUAAGUUUAAGUAGCCCUCCAUCCCCAACACAUGCGAAAUCACAGAAAAGUUUUAAACUGCAUCAAUGUUCAUCAAUAGAAAAGAAUACCUCUAUUUGCUAUCAUUUUGGAUUAUAACUGGUUGUAUACAUUUCAACUUUUUAGUCCUUCCUUAGUAUGCAGUUUCUCAAUCCCAAUGUUUCUGGGGAGAUGGCCCAACUCCUACAGCACAAUCAAGAGAAGUAUGUGCCUUGCUUGUCGAAUGGGAACAACAAGACCAUUCUUGAACAGGUUUCUCUCCAUGGUGACCAGUUAUUUGAAGAACGGGCCAGGAAUGUUAUCUGCACAUAUAGGGAUGGCGUAAACGAAUAUGAGCAGCUUCAAGGCAUGGACACAGAGUUUGCAGACUGGCAUGCUAAAUACACUAUAUACAAGGUAACUAUAGCAUGGUUAGUCUGCAACUGUCUGCAGCAAAUCUAAAUUUAUGAAACUGGUUGUCUAUGUCAAAGGCAGUGUAAAUUGCCAUUCACUGUGUUAAUUACAAUGCAUUUUAGCCAAGACAUUCCCAGAAAGACUCAUAGUUCAAACAAAACAGAUAAGAAGGAGUUUCUCUGUACUCCUCCCCACCCCCAAAUAUGUAUGCCUCUCUCUUUUUUUCCAAUUUUGCUCUUAAAACAGACAGAAUUAAAGAUGUUUGUAAAUCACUCUUCUGCUGCCGAAAUUGGCACUACCAGAGCCAACAUCAACAGGACUGGAAAGAAAAGUGCAGCAAAGGAGGUCGAGAAUCAUUACAAUGAAUAUAGUGAAUUUCAUGCCAGGGAGGUCGAGGCCCAUAUAUGUGCAUCAUUUAUGGAGAUGACAGAAAUGGAAGUGACUAUCAAGCUCUAA